AUGGCGGACUACGGGCAUUGGUUCUCCCUCGCCGAUGCAGAUGGCGACGGCAGAGUGAGUGGUGGCGAGGCGAUUCCAUUCUUUCGGCGGUCUGGACUGUCGCAGGAAAAGUUGGGAAUGGUGUGGCAACUCGCGGACCAACCACCCAGGGGAUUCCUCGAGAGAGUACAAUUCAACGCCGCAAUGCAGCUCAUAUCUGUUGCACAGAGCGGAGGUGAGCUUGACUCCGCGCUGUUGAACAGUAUUGCCGGCGGCUUCGCAUCGUUUCCAGCUCCGAUAAUGCAAGGUUUGACCGACAGCUCACAACAAGCGCCGUCGAUAGUGGGUGGAGGGUUCCCUGCGCAAGGCCAGGCAGCCCCACAGGCACAAUUAACAACGGCGCCUGGUGCUCAGAUGACUAUUGGAGGCAUAGGGACGGGCGAGAUGGACGUUAAGGGUCUGGCGUCGGGCGAGUGGCCGCCGGUGAGCUCUGCGGACAUGACGAGAUACCAACAGGUUUUCCAACAGACGGAUGCGGACCACGACGGCAAACUGUCUGGCAGUGAACUAGUGCCAGUUCUGUUGUCCCUGAAUGCGCCGAAGGAGCUGCUCAAGGACAUCUGGGCGCUUGCUGACACCGAUAAAGACGGAGUCCUGAAUUUUCAGGAGUUUGUGACCGCGAUAUAUCUCACCGAGAGAGCUCGCGAGGGGCGCCAGCCGCCGUCAAGCUUGCCGCCUGGGCAGUUCCCACCUGUGCCACAGGGGCAGCAGCCGCAGCAGCAACAGCAACCACAAGUCGCGCAGGCUCCUCAGAGCAGAGGAGCGUUGGACGCUGAUUUAUUCAGCGGUGGCGUGAGCACGUCGUUGCCAUCCAUCUCUGGCAUGGAUAUGGGAUUUGGAGCACAAGGUGGUGAUGUGAUGGGCGCUGGCGCUACGCCACCAGCUGUGAACAUGCCAACAGCUGCUGCGAACGUGCCAGUGACAUUGGGUAUCAGCGCUCCGAUCAGUGAGACUGCGACUGGAACCAGUGGAGCCGUGGAAGCCGGAUACACGUUUCGAGGUCCCGUAGAUCUGGAUCUCUCGGGUACCAGCGGCCCAGAGGUUGACAGAUUAAAAAGUGCGAGGGCAGAUGCGGAGGCUUCAGACAAGCAGCUUUAUGCGAAGGAGCAAAUAUCGAUGCAGGCAAAGGUGGAUUCUGCGACGCUAUCUCAGAAGCUUCAAGAGCUCGUGUUGUUCCAGCGUAGAUGUGAUGCGAACUUGGUGGAAGCUGCCGAUAGGGCUGAACGAGCUGAAAGGGAGGUGAACGAACUUCGGCAACGGGUGGAGCAGGUGACGGCAGCCGUGGAGCAAGUGUCAGGCGAUCUGGAUGGUUCCAAUUCACGCACCGCUAUCGCAGAGGCAGAAAAGGCAAAACUCUUGCAGCGACUGCAGCAGCUGCAAGCGGAACAAGCGAAUUUGGCGAGUGGUGGCGUCUCUCACGCGCAGGCAGCUUUGGAAUCCGACUUGCAAGCAAUGCGAGCACAGGUCGCAGCGGCUGAGGCAGCCUUGGGUCCACAUCUUGAUGCCUCGAGGCGGGCUUCUCAGCAGCGUAUGCAGCUCGAAGCCAAGUUAUCCGAGCUUCGCCUUUACGCAGAGGGAGCAUCAGGAAACCAGGUCCCCAAGCUGCCAACGUGGAGAGAUUGGUCUGACCUCGAGGAUGAGGGAUUCGACACUGUCAAGCUCGCGUGGGGGAGUUGGGCACGAGAAAAGACCUCAUCGACUCCACCUCCACCUGACUUUCAGCAGCAGCAGCAGCAACAACAACAACAACAACAACAUACUAUGGCGUCUCCGAUCACAAAUGGUUCGACGCCUCCACCUCUGAUGCAACCGACUCGGACUGCUGUGCCUGAAGGAAAUUCGAGCUCCGUAGGGGGAGGUUGGGCAGCAUUCUGA